AUGGCCGUAAGAGAUAGGGAUGAUGACAAAUUGCAGAAGGUAGCUGGUAGCGUCCCGUCUCUAGCUGCCGGCCUCCUCUUUGGUGGCCUGGCAGGACUAGGUGCUUACCAGCAGUCCAAAGACCCGAGGAACGUGUGGCUUUCUCUGGUGGCAUCUGGAACUUUGGCUACAGUUAUGGGAAUGAGAUUUUACAACUCCAGAAAAGCAAUGCCCGGGUUAAUUGCUGGUGCCAGUUUAUUCAUGGUUGGACGGCUGGGAUUGCAGAUCAUGGAAAAACCUCUUCAGCCAUAGGUCUGCAGCAAGUCACUUGAAGAUACAUGACUGAGAAGCCUGAAAAUGCAACUGCCUGAAUGCACUGCACAAAAGUGGAAAAGACACUGCUGCC